GCGCGAAGCUGUUGUUGUUUUGGGACAGCUGAUUUCUGAGUGCGGGGGUUAAGGAAAUUCAGAACCAUGGAUGAUACCUCUUAUUCUCAACCAGAUGUCAACUUUUUGAAUGUGGCUUAUACAUAUGUCCCCAACACCAGGGUGGAAUGUCACUAUACUCUUCCGCUCGGCAUGAAAUCUUCCAAAAGCGACUGGAUUGGCAUCUUCAAAGUAGAAGCAGCAUCCAUACGAGAUUAUGAUACAUUUGUCUGGGCACUGUCUCCCGAAAGCUCUGGAGGUGGAUCAUCCACUCACUGCAGUGUCCAGUUUCAAGCUUAUUACCUGCCACCGCCAGGAGAGCAGCACUACAAUUUUCGAUAUGUGGAUCGUCAAGGUGUAGUGAGAGGUUGUAGCGAACCAUUUGUAUUCAGUGAGCCACAUCCAAUGGAAGACCUAGUUACCUUGGAGGACGAGGAGGCAUCCUCAGAUAUGCUCCUAGUUGUUCCAAAGGCCACCUUCCUGCAGCAUCAGCUGGAAGAAUCCCAGCAGGAGAGGAAUGCCUUAAUGAGGGUGAGACUUGCUUUGGAGGAAGAGGUAAGCACCCUGCUGAAACGAGUCAAAGAUCUCGAGGUGGCUCUGGAGAAUUCCGAUAACAAGUGCACCAUUCUUAACCAGCAAUAUCAGGAUGUGUCCACGAGGGAACAGGUUGUCAAGGAGGAGAGGGACAUCCUAAGCUGUGAAGAGGCUAAACACCGUGACCGAAUUUCACAGCUGGAGGGAGACAUUGAGAGUCUGAACCAGAAGAUGAUGAAGAAAGAUAAAGAGAUAGACAUUUUGGGGAAACAAAAAUCUUCUCUGGACUCAGAAAAGGAAGAACUAAAUCAGCAUGUGGCAAUUUCAGAUUCGGAGACCAAACGCUACAAGCUGCAGGUGGACACGCUCCAAGAGAAGCUCCGUUGUACAAUAGAUUCGUUGUCUGCAAGCCAGCAGAAGGUGAUGUUAUUAGGUGAAGAGCUGGCCUCAGCCUCUUCCAUCCGUGACCGGACCAUCUCUGACCUGCACAAAAGCCGCCUGGAGACUGCUGACCUUGCUAUCAAGUUGUCCGACCUGAAUUUGAAAUUUAAGGAAGAAGUGGGUCAGUGGUGGCAGGAGAAGACAGCCCUCAACCACAGCAUGGAGGCCAAGAGGGACCAGAUCAUAAGUUUAAAAGUAGAAAUGCUGAACCUGGAGAGCAGCCUGCAGGAUGAGCGGAGCCAGAGACAAGCACUGCAGCGCAAGUUAAACCAGGAGAAAGACGCCAGUCAGGUGCAGCUGUCAGAGAGCAGGCGAGAACUCAGUGAGUUGAAAUCGGCUCUAAAAGUUGCACAGAUGGAAAAGAAGCAGCUGAGAGAAGAACGUCAGGAUAUAAUCCAGUAUGUGCAGAGGUUAGAGGAGCGCCUUGAUAAGCUUGCUGAUGACAGGUGGAAAGAAGCGAAAACUUCUGAAGAAGAGACAUCAGGCUUAAGUCCUCCCAGCUCUCCAGCUUUACUUUCUGACUCAGAAGAGGAGAAUGAAAAGAAGAGCCAACCUCAACACAUCGGCUCCCGUGCAGUGAGUGAUCCGCAAUGCCCACCUUCCCAACCCCUGUUUCCUGAGAAGGUGGUGAUCAACCAGCCAGCUCCCAUUGCUUGCCAGUUACAACCACUGCCCGAGGACAACCCUGACUCUUGGUAAUACCGGAUCGUGGAGUUGCUGCAGUGAUGUGAAAGUCUCUGGAGGAACUGACUAUUAAGGAACGCGUUCACCAUGCCAGCUCUCAUGGGUUCUUUGUGAUUUAGUAGCGGAGCAAACUAUUGCAAAACCUUCCACCAACCUGUACUUGGCUUCUUAUUUAGCUUUAAAUGCUGCCCGUAUCAAAGCCUUUUGGGCUUAUUCAGUCUUUGAAGUUCUGUUUGAUCAUUCCCAGUGCAACUCUAACGUGCCAACUGGUCAUUUUGAUCUCUCAAUGCCCUUUGGUUAUUCCUUCGGCUACCAGAUCCAGGUUGUUGUCGCAGCUGUAGCUUUGAUGUGGCUUUGAUUUAUAUUUUGUAUUACUCCUUUGGUUAGAGUUUUUGAAAUGUAUCCCAUACUUGCAUUGUUUAAGUAAAUGCGACUAAAGCGUCUACUGUUCCUUAAGAUCUGAUAGUAACACACAAAGAAAUUGUAGUCUAGAUUUUGUAAGAUUACUUUAGAGUGCCUUUAUUCUACCAGAAAACACCAAAAUAGUGAUUGGUUUAGUUUGUAGACCUUCCAUACACCUUUCUGGUGGUGUCCAUCUUGACCUGAUUGUCACUAUUAUUCCUUAUUAAAGAAAGCUGGCGCUAUCAGAAGGGUGUCUAUCA